GAGCCCGCAGACGCGCCGCCGAAGGCUGCGCAGCAGCAGGAGCAGCCUGUGCCAGUGGAGCAGCCGGUUGUAGAGGUACUCAAAAGCCCUAGUGCCCGCGGGUCCAAGCGACCCCACCCAGCCACGCCAGUGAAGCCCAAGCCCAAGCCAGCAGCUGAGAACAACGAUGCAAGUGAGGCAGAGGGUCAGGACGAGGAGGCACCCAAGGUCAUGCGAGCCAGUGACAUGACAAAGCUUGAGCGGGAGAAGGUCAGAAGAAUCGUGACGCCCAAGAAAGGGUCAGGGAGAUUGGAGGUGCCCGAGAACAUCUUCGAGAUGUGGAAGGAUGCUGGGAAAGGGCGGGACAACUUGUUCCGUAUGUGGGCAAAGGCUGGUGGGGCUGUCUUCAUGGAAUCCCUGACGAUCCUCACUCGAACGGAGAGGCGCAAGAAACUCGAAGUUAAAGGUGGCUUCUACAGCAGAGAAGACAUGAAAACCGAGUUGGGCUACUCCCCGUCCCGCAUCGAGAAGAUCGUCGCCUGGGCAACCAAGCGAUCACUCUUUCGGACAUGUGAGUACGAUGAUGAGACGCUGGAGUACUGGGUGAACACCAGGACCUCUGGAGUUUUGUCCAAGGAAGAUGUGGAAUCCAUGGAAAAGCAGCAAACCUACUCUGGCGAGGGAGGGGACGACUUGUCUUUUAAGCCGAAGGCUGCUUGCCAACUCAAAGAGUACAUGAAGCAAGUGCUCAAAGCGAAGAACUCCUUGGAGGGCUUUGUGGACAAGAUGCGGACUGCAGUGUCUGGUGACGGUAAGGACGGUAAGGAGGGUAAGAACCAGCGGCUGGCCUAA